UGGAGGUUCCCUGCUUCGCCGGUUCUUCCCUAGCCAGUUGUCACAUUGAGCGCAGCCCCACAGAGAGGCAGGAUGCUGGGAUUGGACGCGUGUGAGUUUGGGGGUCAGGUGCUGGAGCUGCUGUGGCUAACUAUGUGCUACAGAGGAUUCCUGAUGGACAAGAGGGAGUGCCCCUUGGAGGAGGGAGAAGAUGACAGGAACCUCAACUACAAUCCUCCAGCUCAGAAAACUCUACAGGAAAUUCAGGAUCUGGACAAAGACGAUGAGAGUCUGGUGAAAUACAAGCAGACUCUGCUCGGGAGCCGACCAAUAAUGACGGAAUUCUCUGGCCCAAAUGUCCAGGUGACCAAACUGACUCUGUUAAUUGAUGAAGCCUCUGGACCAGUCACCAUCAAUCUAACAGGAGAUGCAAAAAGCCUGAAGGAGAAGACCUUCACCUUAAAGGAAGGCGUCAAAUACAGGCUCAAAAUACAAUUUAAGGUGAACAAAGAAAUCGUCGCUGGUUUGAAGUACCAUCAUGUGGGCUUCAGAAAAGGAGUAAAAAUGAUCAAAGUCUCCUACAUGAUGGGCAGUUUCUGUCCUCGUGAGAAUGAACAUGAGUUUGUGUUCCCCACUGAUGAGACACCUCAAGGAUUGUUGUCACGCGGCCUCUAUCAGAUGGAGUCCCACUUUACUGACGACGACAUGAACAUCUAUUCAGCCUGGGAAUGGAACCUUGAGAUCAAGAAGGACGAGUAG